UGACAUCAAAAUAGCUGUGGACGGCCGUGUGAGAGUAUGAAGACUCUCUGUUCAAGUCAGCUCGAUUCUGAAUUUAAUUUUUAAUUUUUUCAAAUUUAAAAGUUUAGCGCAUUUAAACGCAUUGGAAACUAACGCGUUUAGCAGGAUGUUUUUUGUCACAUUUAGGGCGUUCAGAUGCGUUAAAUUAUAACGCGCUCUAACGCGAUGACUAUCGACGCUGUGAAACGCGUUGAUCAGUAACGCGUCUGAACGUCCGGAAUGUGACAAAAAACAUCCUGCUAAACGCGUUAGUUUCUAUGAAAAUUUAAACGCACUCUAACGCGUUUUUUUCGCAGAAAAAGUUUGCCUGGGUACCGAUUCAUCAUCAGUAUAGAAUAAAAUAAGCAAACUACAAGUUAGUGUGAAACGAAAAUAUGAACUUCUACUAUUCGCUACAGUGUAUAUAUACAAUUCUAUUAUUCAUUCAUUUUUGUUCUCCACAAGUCGAGAAAGACAAAAAAUGUGACGAGAGAAAGGAGAAAAGUCAGCCGUUUCGUUCUUCUUCUUUUUCAUUUCUUAUGUUGUUUUGCUCAACAAACCUUCUGAAAACACGUAUAGCGGCACCAACCGGUCGGUCCCAUUGAGCGGAGGAGGAUCAGAACGGAUAGCCAGGGAUUCUCUAACUAACAACUGAUAGUGUGUACUAUCCCAAGCCAUCAUUUUAAUAUUGUUAAAAUCGAUCGAGUAUCCUGUCUGAAAUACAUGUUUUCCCAAUGCUGAUUUGGGUUUGAAUUCAUUAAUCGACUCUUCUUGGAUAGAAUAAUACAUUACAGAUCGUUUACGUAUUCGAUUGUAGAAUCAGACAUUUUGGUUAUUUGACCUUUCAAAACUUUGGUUUUCAUCUUUAAAUACUUAUUACGUAGAGCGUUUGCUAAAUGCACUUUUUGCUUUAUCUACGUCUUUUUCAUGUUCAGCUGUUCUUCGACUUGUUUGCCUAAUACUUUUUCCGGUGUAUUUACCCUGGAAAUUUUUACAAUUAAUUUUAUACACUACACCAGAUAAUUGUUCGUUAUUCAACCGAUCUUUAUGCGGGAAAAAACGUUUAGUUACAUUUGGCGUUUUAUAGAUCACCCUGAGAUCAAGUUUAGGAUUGUUGCCGAUAAUUAUCCUCUUUAUCAAAAUUGUAACUAGGUUUUCCGACAUAUGGAAUCGCAACAUAGUGAGAUUUUCUAUUCUGAUCGAUUUUGUUUUGUUUGCGAUCAUCAGUUAAAUUGUUAAAUAUUUAAUAAAUUAAAUUGUUAAUAUUUUUCUCAUAUAGUUUAUUUAAAUGUUUGCCGAAAAAAUAUAUUUCUAAACUAACUACUUUUACUGCGUAGCUUGCUCUUCACAAGUAUCUUAACAAUUUAAAUACGGCAUUCGUAAUCAGCAUAGCCGAAUGUUUAUGCGCCAUUACGAAUUGGUCUUAUUUGAUUGACCAGAAAAGCUUUCUAAAUAUCUUUCGAGGUAUCAGUGAUCGACAGUAAAAUUUGACGAAACUAAGUGAGGACAAAGUAAAUUAAAUAAAUUUUAGUUUUCUCACACAUUUAAUAUCAAAAGCUACUCUGUUUAAGACUAAAAGGCUCUUGUGUUUUCCCUUUAGUCAAUUAAGUAUCAUUUUAGGAACGACAGCUGUAACAACUACACCAACUGGACCAGUUAUCUCUGCAUUUUGGUCAUUUGAUAAUACAACACAAGAUUUGUACAAUGUUUACAAUGGUAUGUUAGUUAAUAGUGCUACAUAUUACACAUCAACAAGUAAUAAUCAACAACCAACACCAGUUGGGGGAGUUGGUGAUACACUCUAUUUAACAUCCGCAUUGAAUCAAUCUGUGACAAUUCGUAGUCCAUUUUUUAAUUUAUCCUACACAAGUUUUACAGUAGAAGCAUGGAUAUAUCCAUUGACACUGUCUGGUGAUAAUGAUAUAUUUGGUCAAUGGGAAAGUACUACAGGAACCAAUUUAUGUCUUUAUAUGAUAUUACGUAGUAGUCGUUUAUUUAUGGGUUUUUCACCUAAUUAUUUAGCAGGUGUAACGGUUGUUUCGACCAGUACAUGGUCCCAUGUUGCUUAUGUUUACAAUUAUGCAACAGGACAACAACUAAUGUAUUUAAAUGGUUAUCUAGAUAUAUCACAAUCAAAUGUCGAUCCAUAUCAAGGUCAAAAUGGAUCAAUGACCAUCGGAAGAACAUCUAUUUUACGUGGUUCUAAUUUUUUCAAUGGUUAUAUCGACAAUGUUGCAAUAACAACACGUGCAAAAUCAUCAGGAGAAAUAUUAGAUGAUGCAACAUUAAAAUUUUAUUUUUCAUUUGAUAAUCCAUCGCCAUCGUUAGACAGUGGUCCAAAUAGUCUCAAUGGAACGAUAUCAAAUGCUGCAACAGUUAGCGGACGAGUUAAUGAAGCACUGAGAUUUAAUGGUGCAUCAUCGUAUUUUCAAAUGUAUGGUUUCUAUCAAUGGGGUUUUACAACAGCAAAACCAUUUUCAAUAGCAAUGUGGGUUAAUCCUGUGUCACUUGUUGGUGGUAUAUUAGUUCAUAUGUCCGAUUCAGCCACUGUUAGUUAUGGCCAUUGUUUAAGUUUGAUGGGCUUAACAUCGGGUGGACAAAUUAUGUUACAAACAUGGUAUUCAAACUAUCCAGCGGUUAUUGGUCCACAGUUAUCCAUAAAUACAUGGACACAUAUUGUUUAUACUUACAGUUCAACAAAUGGUGUUCAGCUAUAUGUUAAUGGUAUAUUCACAGUUUCAACACCAUCACCAUCGUUCUAUAGUAGUGGCUAUGUUAAUUAUAUUAAUAUUGGAUCGAGUUUAGGUUGUUGUGGCUGCCCGAAUAUGCCUAACAUUGUAUUUCAAGGUUCCAUUGAUGAAUUAUAUGUUUAUAAAAGAGAACUAACGUCUACUGAAGUAUCUGUAUUAGCUAAUCCAUAA